AUGCCGAUCAGCCAAAAAGUAUGACAUUAACCUAUCCUUGACCACGUUUUCCUUUAGUGUACAGCGCCUGCGCAUCACACCCGUCGCAUCUCUGAUGGCGUCAUGUGACGCAGCCGUCGGUUUGCCACGUCGGUAUGUAACUGCAACGCGAGGAACUUCUGCAAGUUUGUGUUUUGCAUUUUAAGGCCGUUAAUAACGAGCAGCACGCGACUGCAACAACACGCGAAACAAAAUCUCCACACGGUCUCAUUAGAAACCCCACAGUCUCAUUAUUACAGAGAGAGAAACAAAUGAGGUUGUUACAGAGUUUAGGUGACUGAUGUCUGCGCUCAAGAUUGAUGUGCGUGUCCAGGCUGCAUUGGGCCAAGACGUGUGGACGUGGUCACAGGGAGCCGCAGACGGAGAUGCCCGGGGGCCGCAGGGGUCCAAGUAGACAGCAGCUGAGCCGCUCUGCACUGCCGUCACUGCAGACACUGGUGGGCGGUGGCCUCAGCAAUGGAGCGGGGCUCCGGUGCAGGAACAGCGGUGCAGUGGGUCUGUCGGCUCCACCCCUCACAGCUCUCAUCACUCCUGAACCCGUCCGUCAUUCCUGCAUUCCCGACCUUCCUCUGGACAGUAACCUGCUGUUUGAGUCACUGCUUUUCCUCUACCUGCUGGUGGCUCUCUUCGUUCAGUACAUAAACAUUUAUAGGACGGUGUGGUGGUCUUCAUACAACCACCCAACAGCCUCUACUUCAAUGAACUUCCAUCUGAUGGACUAUCACCUGGCUGUCUUCAUCACCGUGAUGUUGGCCAGAAGACUAGUGUGGACCAUCAUCUCAGAGGCCUCUCUGGCGUGUCCAUCGUCUUUUGUUUGGUACGUGGCUCUGAUUGCGACCCGCUUGAUCCUGCUGACGUUGUGUGGAUGGGUUCUAUGCUGGACCCUCAUCAACCUCUUCGACAGUUACUCCGUACUCAACCUGCUCUUCCUGGGCUAUCCGUUCGGUGUUUAUGUGCCGCUCUGCUGCUUCCAUCAGGAGGGUCGAGCUCAGUCCACUCCACCCGAAUGCAGCUUCUCAGAGCAGGAUGGGUCCGAUGGGCCUCCGCUGCGGCCCAAAGACUUCCUCGCGCUGCUGCGUGAAAACCUGCGUGAGCAGUUCUCCAGCCCCGCACACAUCCCCACACACACCUGCCCGCCUUCACCUGAGCUCAUCCGCAGUGAAGUGGAGGAGCUCAAGACCGACUUUAACCGCCGCAUCAAGGAAGUGCUCUUCAAUUCACUCUUCAGUGCUUAUUAUGUGGCCUUCCUACCACUGUGCUUUGUCAGGAGCACGCAGUACUACGACAUGCGCUGGUCGUGUGAGCACCUGAUCAUGGUGUGGAUCAAUGCGUUUGUGAUGUUGAUGAGUCAGCUUCUGCCACCCAGUUACUGUGACCUGCUGCACCGCUCCGCUGCGCAUUUGGGCCGCUGGCAGAGGCUGGAACACGGAUCCUACAGCAAUACGCCCCAGCACAUCUGGUCUGAGAGCACCAUCUGGCCUCAGGGAGUCCUCGUGCGUCACAGCCGCUGUCUUUAUAAGGCUGUUGGGCCGUAUAAUGUGGCCUUGCCCUCCGACGUCUCGCAUGCCAGGUUUUAUUUUCUGUUCCAUAAGCCGCUGCGGAUCUUGAACCUUCUCAUUGGGAUUGAGUCAAGCGUGAUACUUUAUCAGCUUUACUCACUGCUGCGCUCCGAGCGCUGGAACCACACGCUCUCUCUGGGCCUUAUCCUCUUCUGCAACUAUUACGUGCUGUUCAAGCUGCUGCGGGACCGUAUUGUGCUGGGUAAGGCGUAUUCGUACCCACUCAGCAGCAGCGGUCUGGGCAUUAAGAGCAAGGAGAUGAAGCCAGAUCCCUGAAACAAUAUUGAGUCAGGAAGAGACUGGGAACUUUUGUUGCUUUUGAUACAGUCUAUUUUCGUGCAACGUUUGUAUCUAUUUAAUAAAAUAUUUUAUUUUGUAUACUGUUAUACACAACAAGAAGACGGGCAUUACCUUACGACACACUGUCAUAUCCUUUUGUAGCCCGCAUCUCACAUGAUGUCCAAAUUCAGCCAAAGAUUGAAAAGAGAAAAAACUGGAAGAGCUAAUCCCAACCAAUCAUGAUGAAGGACUGGAAAGUCCAGUUCAUUUAGUGCUGUUUGAUCAUUUCCACUGUUACUGUGUUUUGAGUAUUAUCUGUUUAUAGUAUCUUUGUGUCCACUUUGUUUCAAUCAAACUUUGUAGAAAAACAGCACUGACAGGAUCUAUUUUUAAAGCUUGCGCGAUUAGCAUCCUUAUUUCCUAUUCAUGUUAACUCUGUGCCAAAUCCCAAGGGGCCAUGAGCCAUUGGAGUGGGCGUGGCUAGUGCGCUCUGAGCAGAGCCUGUGGACUGUCAGGUUUGCAGUAUUUUACAAAACUGCUUUGUUUCAAAGUACAGAUGCCAUAAACAGGAAUAAAAAACAAAAACAUGUCAAGUGCCCAUUUUUCUCAGAUCUGUUGGUGGAUCAUCGUUACCACGAAAACUGUCAAGAAAUAUCUGGGUCUUACCUCACACCAAGAUAAAAAUAAGACAUGAUCAAGAAAAUUAAACCAUUAAGAUUUUCUUUACAUUAUGACAGUAUAUUUGUUUUUCAUAUUACAGUAAUUUUGAGGUGUGCUAAAUGUGAAAGUGC